AAAAGAAAAGAAAAAACUGUGAGUAUUUGGAGGUCAAGAGCAGGAAGAGGAGAGAAUCCUCUGCGCCGUGGUGAUGGAGUGGGAGGCGCAAAAGGCAGAGGCUGUCCAACAUCCAGCGGCGGAAGGACUUGAGGUCAGUGACGGACGCCGGAGCUGAGACGCGGACGAGCGCGCGCUCCACUCGCAGACGCUGACCACUGCUCAGCACCCUGGAGGAGUCCGGCCGCCCCCAUGCGUGUCCAAAAAAGGCACAUAAAGAUAUGACCAGGGAUGUGGAUGCGGAUCGUUCCUGAAAGGACCCCGGGAGACUUUUUACUUCCAGGCACGAUGACGGUGGACCAUCGGUCCCUUUUCGCUCGGAGCAAAGUUCCUUUCCGUCUUGCAGGCGAGCUCAUCGGGGAGUAAAAAUAUGGGAUUAAACCUGCCCGUUGGUUGAAGCAUCCUCCUGUGCUGAAUUGUGGACUUAAUGACACUCGGGCUAAGCUCCGGAUCGUGGAGCAGCUACAUGUUGCGCGGCGCACGCAUCCGCUGUGCUCGCGUUGGGUUGUUUACCGUCCACGUUCGGAAGUGUUUUUAAAGAAACCGGAUAACGCCUCACCUGAGUCGAAAACAUGACCUUUUCAUGACCGUGUGUGUGUGUCAAGCUUUCACGGUGACAUGGAAACUACAGGAAUCCACACCCUCCUCUAUUAUUUAAUUCUACAUUUUCCAUUUAUCAUUUGUGCAAAUGCCGCGUUCACCGAAGUCCCGAAAGAUGUGAGUGUAGGGGAAGGAGAGGAUGUGGAGAUGCCCUGUGCCUUCAAGGCCGCCACCUCGGUACCCAUGUCUUUGGAGAUUCAGUGGUGGUACCUCAAGGAGGCAGGCCUCAAAGAACUGCCUCAUGAGCAAAGAGCAAAGGGAGGUUUGAGAGGAGCCACAAAAAUAAGUACGGUGCGUGUUCAGGGCAACGCUAUCUCCCACCGCCUCAGCCUGGCCAAGGUGAAGAAAGAAGACGAGGGCGUGUACGAGUGCCGCGUGUCCGAUCUGUGGGCCGAGGACGACGAGGAGGAGUUCACGGUCCACGCCGCGCUACGCGUCACGCCAGGCGCCGGCAUGGUGGCCGAGGAGGCCGUAUCGCACAUUCAGAACCGCUGGCUGCUGAGGAGCACCAACGCCGCUGUGGGUGGGGGCUCUGCAGGGAGCGCCACCUCCAAGCCCGGCCUUGGGGUUGCGAGACCCAAGCAGGGGAAGCACCGGUUGCCCCAGAAAGCCCAGCCCGACCUCCUCACUUCCAUAUCGUCCACGACUACCUCCUCGAUGGCCAAGUCUGCAGCGUCGCCGCUGUUGGGGACUGCAGCCAUCCUCCGGCAUUGGCAUAGGGCUGACUACUGCAUCACGAGCACUUUGGACUCCAUCUUCUAUAUCACGCUCCUUUUCCUACACAAGGUUCUUCUUUCACUGUUGGCCCACUAAAGACUCUUUACCCCAAACUAUGUAGGCCUUACAGUCGUUAAAUUCUAAACCAAAUAUAACCAAGGGAGCAGGCAGUGCCCACAGGAGAGCAGUUGUCAUGUUCGAUUGAUUUGAAAUGUUGCAGCACAUCACAACAAAGAGAUAAUGCAAUGCAACACAGGACUCAGCAGCUGGACUGUGGGAGGAUAUUCCUUGGAGGGGGAAGACACGUGAGAUGCAGCGGUGUGGCUGAUGACUGAGAAGAAGGAGGACCAGAAGUGGUGACUGGAGCAUGAUAACUCAUCCACACAGCAUGUGGAGUGUGGCCACAUGCAGCGCAAUUAUUGCUCAGCCUCCUCAGAUGCACUCACGUUUUUUUAGCAUUUUCACUGAGUUCUCUUCCUCAGAAGACACACACACACACAAACACAUCACUGAAGGUCUGCUAGUCAUCUGAAAAUUAGUCAUGUGACCACUGUGUUUGUUUUUUACUCAUUUGAUGACUAUGCCUGUCCGUCACUGACGUAUUUCUCUGUAGCCACACUAGCCCUCCUCAUUAUAGAGUUGCUGUUACAAAUAUGUUAGACAUGUCUCAUCCCUCUACAUACCUCUCUACACACACUUUUCCUCCCAUAACUGUGUUCCAUGAUGAAAACAAGUAAUGAGCUGAUAUAUUUUGAAAUACAACAAAUGUUACCACUGCUGUCACCUCUGAUAAUGUUUAUUUUUGUUAUAUCUAUCGAGUGUUAAGUGACAUUUCAUUUCUAUGACACGGUGCAAUUUGUUGGUAACUUGCAGCAACUGAGAUGAAGGUUUAUUGUUUUUGUAAUAAAAAAGUGCACUCCAG